UCUUUUCCCAGCGUGUUACCUGUUUGUCUCAAGAAACCUUGUACGCCAUCAAAAAGAAGGGAGUGUACCACAGAGCAGUCUUCAUGCAACGUCUCAGUCAAGGAGGGAUCCAAGUCUUCUACCCGGACCACGGUAGAUUUGACCUUGUCUUCCCACCACAGCUGUUCCAGCUGCCGACUCAGUUCUACGCCAUGCCUUUCCUGGCUCAUCGGAUGGAGCUUGGAGCGAUCACCCCCAUCUCCAACAAGUGGUCUGAAGCCUCCAAGUUCUACUUCAUGUCCCGUGUCAUGAACAAGGUCACCUACGCUUACAUCGUACCCAACAACACUGAGCAAGACGCACAGAAAAAAGUCAAGGCAGACCUAAGCAGUUUUAUGAAGCCAUUAGAGGUUCAUCUGAUAGAUACCUCUGGAGAAGAAGACGAGGUCAUCGGUGAACUGCUUUGUCUUCAGGGCUAUGCUCGGCGGCCGUGA